CUCCUGUGGCCCCCGAGGACAUGGUGAUGUCCAUCUUCCAGGUUGUGGUCACUUAUGUGUCGCUGCUGUGGUUUGUGAGGCUGAGUGAGGGGUUCCCGGACCCCGCUCAGAGGGACCUGCUGAUGCGUCAAGAGGCGUCCCGGCAGACGGGGGGCCGGGUGGUGCUGACGGAGGCCGAGCAGAUGCUGGACCUCCACCUCCAUCAGUUAAAGGUGCAGGAAAUGUCUGCAGCACUGUUCCCCCCCGCUGUCCACUUCUUCAAAGCAAAGCCUCUCAUCCAGAAGAGUCCGAUCUUCAAACUACUGCAGGACAUGCCCAAAGGUGCAGCGCUCCACAUCCACACCUCCUCUCUGGUUGGUGUUGAAUGGCUGGUGAAAAACAUCACCUACAGGCCGCACUGCUACAUCUGCUUCACCUGGGACAACUCGGUGCGCUUCUUGUUCUCCGACCGCCAGCCCUUCCCACGGUGGGACUGCUUCUACUGGCAGCUGCUGGAGACCUUGAGAGCCAAGAUAGGAAACACAGAAGGCUUUGAUAACAGUUUAAUGCAGCACCUCACACUGUUCACUGAUGACCCGGACGGGGAGUAUCCGAGCCAAGAGGUUGUGUGGGAGAAGUUAGAGAAAGCCUUCAUCGCUGGUGCGGGGCUCAUCAGCCACGCGCCCGUGUUGAAGGAUUACUUCUAUAGAGGCCUGGAGGAGCUGCUGCAAGACAACAUCAUGUAUCUGGAGCUGAGGAGCGGCCUCUCCCGGGUGUGUGUUGCUUUAUUUACACCUGAUCCCUAG